GACCUGCCAGCCCUCGAUGCCGGGCUCUCUCUUGCGGUCAUGGGGAGCUGCGCUGGCAUUCAGCUAGCAGAACGGCCUGCCUUCUACCAGCAGUUCAUUUUACAGGACAAGAUUGGACAGGGAUCCUAUGGCAAAGUCUACUUGGCAAAGGACAAACGCAACCAAAAGAUUUCAGCAGUGAAAGUGCAAGCAGCACAGUUUGGUCGAGAGUGGGUCAUAAUUGACGAAGUGAUCGUAUGGAGGCAACUAGGUCGGCAUCCCAAUGUGGUGUGCUUUUACGACUUGCGCCAAGAAGCAAAUGUUUUCUUCAUUCUCAUGGAGGUUUGUCCGCGAGCUCUGUCAGAUAGAGUGAUGUCUGCACCAAAGUGGACCGCAGCAGAGCUAGCGCAUGACUUUGAGCAAGCACUGUUGGGCGUCCAACACAUGCACAACCGAAGGAUUCUCCACCGAGACAUCAAAGUGCAGAACUUUCUGUACGGAGGUCCCGAUGGAAGGACCCUGAAAUUGGCAGACUUUGGCCUUUCUGUGGAGAUCCAUCCGGGUGAGAAGCUGGAAGCGGUCUGUGGCUCCCCGGCUUUCAUGGCACCAGAGAUGGUUUUACGACAAGGCUAUGAAUUCAAGAUCGACAUGUGGAGCAUGGGUGUCACAUUCUUCAUGGUCAUGCAUGGAACGCUCCUUGUGGGCAAACCAAAAAUGAGUGUAAGUGAGAUGAAAGAGGCCAUCAAAAGCCCACACGCGACGAAAGCGUCCAUCAUGAAUGCCCAAACAAAGGCGGAGGCGCAGACUGGGGAGAUAAGAGACUUGAAACUGCAGGCACUGGAUGUGGUACGGCAACUGACAGUCCGCGAUCCCCUGCAGAGAGUGGGACCCAAGGAAGCGCUCCAGCUUCAAUUUUUGCAGAUGGGGUCUCGCGCCAGCUGGGAGCAAAAGCUCCGCUACGAGCAGGUCUUGCUGGUGGACAGGCUUCCAGCUGGCAAAAAGAAGGCAGUUACGGAGGGACAUGUUCAAAACCCAGGCGGCAAAGUUUCACAAGAGAAACCUAAAACAGACUUCUCUCCGGUGGUGCCGCAGAACCAGCAAGACUCGCUCGAGAAGCAGGAACGGAAGAAUGAGAUGCCGUCAGGUCCCAAACUGAAGCACCGUUCCAAAUCGACGCAGAACUAUCUCGACCCAAAGAAUCAACUCUCCUUGGAGAGUCGACGGGCUUCAGAGCGGCUGGUGAUGCCAUCUGAACUUCCAGAUUCACCCCGACGUGGCACAGGUGAUACUGGGCAGAGUGGUGGCGGAUCCUCACUGAAGGUCCAGAGAUUUCGGAGCCUGGACAAUAUUGGAAGUCCUCGCACUGGCAAGUUUGGAGCUGAGAGCGUUGGGCUUGGAGGCUUGCAGGAGUCUGGGGACUCCAUUCGGAUGAGCGUCGCAGCCUGCCUGAUGCAAGCCUAUCGUGGCGGUAGCAAAAGGCUCAUCGAUUCAGGCUUACCGGGCCAAAGUCGUAGCAUGAUGAGCCCUGACAACUCCUAUGCCUUGGGCAACUUUGCAGAGAGCUUCGGUCAACAGCCGUCCGAUGAUGCCUUCCGGCGCUUUGCACACCAUUCGCCCCCAUCACCUGCUGCACUGGCUGGAACAAGAUCUGGAGCAGCGGCCUCAUCCAGCAGUGGGACCCCGUUCAAUGGGAACGUCAUGGCGCUGCAGAUACAGGCAGGCAGUCAAGGCAUGCGAGUUGGCCAUGUUCCUUCCUUUGCAAGCCCUGGAUCGUCUCUAAAGGACGAGGUCAGGGAGCUACCGGAUUUGCCGGCGAAACUGCCUGGAGCACUCUCGGACUACCAUUCCCAUUCCCCAUCUGCGUGAGGUCGUGUUGAUUCGUG